UCUAAGGUAGUCGAUGGCUUUACUUAUUUUUUUAUACAAAUGUACAGUAUUAUGAAUGGAUUACCAGUACCACCUGAGGAUUAGAUAACAGUGACAUCCCACAAUAUGGACUUAGCCCCCACACCUGAGAGUAUACCUGUAUGUUUUCAAUCAUUAACCAUCGUGAUCAGGAAGCUAUCAUUUACACAAAGUGAGACACCACCAUGGCAUUACACAGACAAUUCUCUUCUGAGUAAAAAUGAAGAUCCUCUCGCCUGAAUCCUUUUGCAUCUAUACGGCUGCCGCAAUGGAGUGAGUUGUGUUGGCGUGAGGCUGAAGCGUUGUAGUUUUCUCUCCUCUCCACCCACAAAGGGGAAACAUGGGGCAUAGAGGAAACUGCACCUGGAUAGGGGCAGAGAUCCCCCUGUCUUCCGAAUUCUUCAGAGUGAUUAAGAAUGAGUUGUGGCUCUUCCUCAUCCCGGCGGUGCUGGCGUUGCUCCUGUUGGCCCUCUUCCUGGAGGAGUUGGGAUUCUUCCUCCGCCAUGUCCCCUCGUCCCGGCGGAGGCGCCUCUACCUGUGGAUUCUGGGAAUGUACCCGAUAUUUGGGUUGACCUCAAUCAUCGCUCUUUAUAUUCCCCGCUCGUCUUCACUCUGCAAUUUCAUCGCUGCCUUGUACCACUCAAUCACGUUGCUGAAGUUCAUGGGUCUCAUCACGGAUUUCUUUGGGGGCAAGAGUCGAAUGCUGGAGCUGUUGGCCGGUGAUGAGGUGCACCCCAGCCCCUUCCCCUGUUGCUGCUGCUGCUGCCUUCCCAUGAUCGCCAUCAGCAGGACAAGUCUGGGCUGGAUGAUGGCGGCGGUCCUUCAGCUGUCUGUAGUGCGCACCAUCCUCUUCUUCCUCACGCUGGUGCUCUGGACAGACGAGCAGUACGACUAUGGAGAUGUGGACUCAGUCAAUCCAAACAUGUACGUCAAUGCCAUUAUUGGAGUGUCCACCUUCUUGUCCUUCUAUGGGUACCUGCUGUUCUACAAAGCAACCAAGAGCGUGCUGCACAGCCAUGGCCUGCGGGCCAAGUUUGUGUGCAUCGUAGUGGUGCUGGUGCUCUGUGGACUGCAGAGCGGUAUCCUGGAGACCAUGGGAGCCCUAAACGUGGUGCCCUGCACCCCGCCCUUCUCUGCACUCAUGAGGUCUCAGUUGAUUUACCAUUAUUGCGUCAUCGUGGAGAUGUUUUGUAUCAGCCUCUUUGCCCGCAACACCUUUCGCAAGGUGGAGCCCAUCUACGAGGAUGGCAGUAGAAGUAGUAGUGGUGGUGGUGGUGAGGGCAGCAGGCGAGAUGACUGCUUCUUCCGGACCCAGCAGGACAAGUCCGUGCAGACCGAGGGCGACGGUGAAGCUCUACCCCUCAGCCAGCAGCAGCUUGGCAGCCCGGCAGAGGAGCAGUGGCCUGGCUGGUGUGGAGGUGGAGGAGGAGGAAGAAGGGGCAGCGGAAGAGGGAGUGGGGGAGGUGCCUCCAACCCUGGCUAUAACAGCGACAGCGAGGACAGCCUGUGCCGCAUAGAGCACGCUCCGCUGGACCGCUUCCCCUUCCCUCUCCACCCCCGGCGGAGGGAGAGCGAGAGUGUGAGCGCAAGACCGAGUGUAACUGAAGACAGGCCUAACUUUAUGACCUCCUCUGGGGUGAGCCCUGCCCUCGAGCUCUCCAAAGUGACAGUCACUGCUGAAAUCAAUGACGACGAAAAACUCAACGUCACUGUUGUGUAAUAAAACACUGGCCCAAAUUAUUGUGUGUUGUUUUCCAAGAGUUCAUUUAUUGUAGA